CUGGCCUGCCCUUUUCCCAGAGCUGGCCCGAGUGACUCCCAAAGCACUGCAGGCUUUUGCAGCCUGGCUGCUCACCUUCCAGGCCAUCUGCCUCUUCUGUACAGAGAUGGCUGCACACAGAUGGAGAAUGAGUCACAGCCUCUUCCCUGGUGGAAGCUGCUCUGGCCCAAAGCCAGCACAGAACUGAGAUGCAGAGACCAUGCACCUAGGAGAGUCCUCUGUAUGGCACCACUUGAUCUUGAUGUGUCCCUGGCCUCAGGGUUUCCAGUGUACGAUUAUGAACUCCCUGUCACAGAAGAGGCUCUCAAUGCAUCCAUCGCAAGGAUCAAUUCUCAGUCAUGGGGGCCAAACCUGUAUGGAGUUGUCAGGAGCCACGUUAGAAGUGUUGAUAUGUGGAACAGCAAUGAUUAUAGACUAGAGCUGCAGCUCAGCAUUCGUGAAACCGUGUGCACGAAAGCUUCAGGAAGAGACCCGUUCACAUGUGACUUCAAAAUAGGGCCCUUUGUGCGAACUGCUUUCUGCAGAAGUGUUGUGGAAGUCUCCGGUGAGCUGAUUGGGAAUGUCGCUGUGCAGUGCCAUCAGGGCACAUCCAGCUCUGAAUCAAUGAGCAGCGAGGAGAUGAUGUUUAUGCAGAUAAUGAACCGUGGCAAGUGGGGCAGCAGUCGCAGAGAAGCCUUCUCUUCAAGAGGAAGAGGCAGCAUCCAUGGAGACUGGCAUAAACCCAACCGUUUCAGCUCUGGCAAGAUUGAAUAAUACAGUUCAGGACCUGUUGUUGACAGGAAAAGCUAGACAAGUUCAGGAAAAUCUAUUCUGUAAUGAAGUGAGUCU